GGGAUUCUAGGAUUCUGGGAUUCUGGGAUUCUGAGGUUUAGAGAUUCUGAGAUUCUGUGCUGACCUUCCAGGGUGAUGGACUCAGUGUGACCCCCCUAAGGACUUGCAGACCCCUGUGUAUGGCCCAGACAGCCUUGCAGCCCUCCAUGGGGUUGUCUUCCUCUGAUAGGAGCACAGCUGCUGAGCCAAGGCUGCUUCCCAUCCCAUGUUUCCAGAAGGGGCACCAGCCCCGUGCACCCUGGAGCAGCUGCCCCCACCUCACACAUCAUUGUGUCCUCAGCCACCCUCUUGUUGUUCUUGUGUCCUGCAGCGGCUGUAAAAGGUCUUCUGCCAUGACCUCAGCUCAGAUCUGCCCCGCAAAGCUUUUCCUCCUGCAAACAACAUCACCAGCGAGGGGUGACCUUUAGCUUGUGCAUCACUCGCGGCAGAUGCUGGCUCAUGUUUGUCCUGCUCAGUGGGGGCAGCUGAAGUGUAAAUGAUGUGAGGUCAUCCCAGCCUCCAGCUGGCUGACACCAAGCGUCCUUUUCCCUCCUGCUGCCGCUUACAACGCAAAGAUGACGCCAUGCAGUUACCCACAGAGGUGUACACGGUGGUUUUUGGGGGCCUCGUGUUUGCAACAGCUUAAAAAAUUAUGCUGAAAAUACCGCAGAGGAGCCAGCUCAUUACACAUCCACCAUGGGAAGCCUCUGUAGAAACAAAUCCUACUUCUUAUACAACAUUUAUCUCCCAGGACAGAGUUUCAGUCUCUCAAUAGAACAUGCUGAGGCAAAGUGAGAAAGUCACUUCCUCAGAGCCACCCACAAGUCCCUGACCAGGUCUUAAUUCGUUAGACCAUGCUGCUACGGUCGAGUAGGUUCAUAGAGGGAUGGGGCUGGCUGGAAAAAGAUGUGUUUCAUCAGUAAAAGGUCUUUUUAUAGUGACAGAAAGGAAAGAUCAUUGCAAAGCCAGUUUGUUGGGUUGUUUCCUAAAAUUUGGUGGUUUGCAUAGUGGAAGAACAAUCCAUUCACAGUCAUUUUCACUGCCUUUAACGACAGCUGUUAAUAGCCUGUGGCAUUUGCUGGGAUUUGUGUCUGGAUUUGCUUUGUGUUUCUCGCCUUCCUCAUUGUUAUUUUCAUUGGCCAAGUUGUCAGGGAAGUGCAACUCCCACCCCCUCCCAGGUGAUCAUUUUUACAAGCAAAAUAGAGCAAAGAAUCCUUAGGGGGGGAGAAAAGAGUCAGUUCUGACACAAAGACCUGAUUAAAAAAAGAAAUCCCAUUAAAAGCGUUUGCAAAACCAGGCUGCUCCUGUGGUCCGGGGGUGUAAAGCUGUUGGUCUCAUGGAUGGUGUGGAUGUAGUGGAAGCCAGAGGCCUCUGAAAGAAAAAUUUGGGAAGGGCCUUCAGCCCCAUGGAGCAUCCGUCAUGGGUCCGACCAGCGGCUCGUACAUCCUCGGAUCGUGUCCCCAGGAGCAGCAGCGUGGGAAGCAGGAUGGGGUUGUUUGGCAGCAAAAAUCAGCUGAUGCCCAAUGAGAAACACACUUCUGGAGGCAACUCAAAAACCAAGGGUAAACCUCCUCCUGCCCCACCCAAGGGGAGACAAGUUAUCAACAGCCCUCAUCUAAACCAAGGCUCUGCACAAGAUCACUUGUUUGUGGUUGCACUGUACGAUUUUCCUGCCUCAAGUGACCGUGACCUGGAGCUGGUCAAAGGGGAGAAACUCCAGGUCCUCUCCAAAGAGGGGGACUGGUGGCUGGCAAAGUCCCUCAGCACUGGGAGGAAAGGAUACAUCCCCAGCAACUUCGUGGCAAAAGCGGACAGUUUGGAAGAGGAAAAGUGGUAUUUUAGAACUCUGAGCAGAAAAGAUGCUGAACGGCUUCUGUUGUCUUCUGGGAACAAAGUUGGCUCUUUCCUCGUCCGGGAGAGUGAAACCACCAAAGAUGCCUAUUCCCUGUCUGUGAGAGACAACAACUCUGCUCAUGGGGACAUCAUCAAACACUACAGGAUCCGCUCCCUGGAUGGAGGGGGGUACUACAUCUCCCCCAGGAUGACUUUCUCCAGCCUGCCAGAGCUCAUCCAUCAUUACAGCCAGAAAGGGGAUGGGCUGUGCCAGCGCCUCACAGCUCCCUGCACAUCCCUGGUUCCCCAGAGACCCUGGGCCCAGGAUGAGUGGGAGAUCCCUCGGGAGGCCCUGAAGCUUGUGAAGAAGCUGGGCAGUGGGCAGUUUGGGGAAGUUUGGAUGGGCUACUACAAAAACAACAUCAAGGUGGCUGUGAAGACCAUGAAGGAGGGCAGCAUGGAUCCUGAUGCCUUCCUGGCAGAGGCAAACCUGAUGAAGAAGCUGCAGCACAACAAACUGGUCCGGCUGUACGCCGUGGUCACCAAGCAGCCCAUCUACAUUGUGACAGAGUACAUGGCCAAUGGGUGUUUGCUGGAUUUCCUGAAGACAGAAGAAGGAAGCCGGCUGAACCUCCCCAAACUCAUUGAUAUCUCUGCUCAGGUGGCAGAGGGCAUGGCCUACAUCGAGCGCAUGAACUUCAUCCACCGGGACCUGAGGGCUGCCAACAUCCUCGUCUCGGAGACGCUGUGCUGCAAAAUCGCCGAUUUCGGCCUGGCCAGGCUCAUCGAGAACGAGUACCUGGCACAGGAAGGUGCCAAAUUUCCCAUCAAAUGGACAGCUCCAGAGGCCAUUAACUAUGGGGUUUUCACCAUCAAAUCUGACGUGUGGUCAUUCGGGAUCCUCCUGACAGAGAUCAUCACCUUUGGCAGGAUCCCUUAUCCAGGAAUGACCAACCCCGAGGUGAUUCGCAACCUGGAGCGGGGUUACCGCAUGCCCUGCCCGGAGUCGUGUCCCGGGGAGCUCUACAGCAUCAUCCUCAAGUGCUGGCGCAGCAACCCCGAGGAGCGCCCCACCUUCGAGUACCUGCAGUCGGUGCUCGAGGAUUUCUACACCUCCACGGAGAAGCAGUACGAGCCCGAGCCGCAGCAGUGAGCCACCGCCCCGCCAGCUCCUGGGGACAGCGCUGCAGGACAGCCACCACCCGGCCGUGCCUCGGUGCCGGCGUUCCCCUUUCUCCCAUCCGCGAGUGGAGAUGGGGAACGAGGAGAGACAUGAGGCAGGAGCAUGCUGCCGGCUCUGCGGUUGUCGCAAAAACUGAAAAGGUGGCUGAGAGGUGGCACAGCUCCUCGGAGGGCUGUGCCAACCUGGCAGGCAUCACCUCUGGCGCGAAGGACAGAAAACUCCUUCGUGACCCACCUGGAUGGAGAAAAGCCCCUCAGCCCCACAGCUGCAUCUCCGGGAAGAGGGCGCCGUGGCCAGGGUGGUGGUGUGGGGGUGAAGAAUCACUGGCCCACUCUGCUGGCGAUGCUACACCCCCUCCGCGCCGCGGGCAGAGCUGGGAGCGCGUCCUGUCCGCACCUCCUUGGGCCGCACCAGCUCUGGAGCGUUCCUGCCGGGUGAUGCCCCCUCUCUGCCUCAAGUCAGUAAUAAAAAACUGGAUACGAGGAUUUCCCACUUCUUUAUUGAGGCGUCAGGGUGUGAGCGAACCCCUGGAGGAGAAGGGAUAGGCCGGGGGGCUCCCCGGGCAGAGCAGGGUGAUGCUGGGGUGGUACCCGGGGAGGGGAUGGGGGGAUGCCCGAGGAGCAGAAGAGAUGUUCGUGGUGUGGCCACGAGAUGUCCCUCCUUCCCAGCAAAUCUGGACGGUUCUUGGGAAGUAAAAACUCAUGUAAAAAAAUACUUCAGAAAUAAAAACCUUCCUCGCUUGGCUGAGCCCUCGCUGCACAAGCUCCCGGUGCAGCAGCCCGGAAGGUGCCGCUCCACACCCAGCCUGGGAGGGUUCAAAUGCCAUUUCCCUGGUUUCUGGUGAAUCUCCAACCCGGGGGAAUGCCCACAAGAGGCUUCAGGCUGGUCUCCAG